GAAAAAAGUAAGUGCCUUUUUAUAUAAAUAUAUAUACUUGACGCAUAUAAAACUGUGCUCUUUUUUUUUGCCAAGUUAAUUCUUAUGAACUUAAUAUUGGAUUAUAUCAAUAUUAUUUUACAUAAUUCUUCAUUAUUGAAUCAUUUUUCAUCUUUUUAUAAAUAUAAAAAUUCAUUUUAUUCAAACAAACAAGAAAAGAUUUAUCACAGUGAUAAUAAAAAAAAAUGAAUAUCGCAACAGCAAAUAUUACGCCUGCAUAUACCACAACACAAUUAUUGUUAUCUAAUAGCAAACCAUAUAUACUAUCUCAGAGAAUUAUUAUCGAUCUUACCUCAAUUGUACUUCAAUCGAAAAAAGACACAACAAAUACUCUAUUAACAUUAAAUAAUAUAAUGAUCAAUAGUAGUAAGAAUGAUUAUUAUGACUCUUCUUUUCUUCAAAAUGAAAAAACAUAUAGCCUGACAGCAACAGCGGCACAUCAGCCUAAACGCCCUAGUUGGACAUACUCCUAUAUUUAUUUACGAGGAUCAAGAACUAACUGUGAUAAUCUAAGAAUGCUUGUUACAGAACAAAAUAUGAUUCGUGCAUCCAAAAUUACGAGAGUACUUAAACCAAGAAGCGUAUAUUUACCUAAGCGUAAAGAUAAAUUUAUUUGGGGGAAACUAAGUCAUUUAAGACAAAUUGUAUAAUAAAAAAUAUUUUCUGCUGC